AUGGCCGCGUCCACCUUGUCCGUCUGCUCCAGCAACCUGAGCUAUGGCAGCUGCGUCUGCCUGCCUGGUUCCUGUGACUCUUGCAUGGACUCCUCCUGGCAGGUGGACGACUGCCCAGAGAGCUGCUGCGAGCCUCCCUGCUGCGUCCCCAGCUGCUGCCAGCCCCUCUGCUGUGUCCCCAGAUGCUGUCAGUCCUCCUGCUGUGUCCCCAGCUGCUUCCAGCCCCCCUGCCUGACCCUCAUCUGUGCCCCAGUGAGCUGUGUAUCCAGCCCCUGCUGCCAGGCGGCCUGUGGGCCCAGCCCCUGCCAAACAGUCUACACCAGCUCCUGUCCGCCCUCAUGCUGCCAACAGUCUAGCUGCCAGCCCUCCUGCUGCACCUCCUCCCCCUGCCAGCAGGCCUGUUGCACACCCAUCUGCUGUAAGCCCGCCUGUUGCACACCCAUCUGCUGCAAGCCCGCCUGUUGCACACCCAUCUGCUGCAAGCCCCUCUGUUGCACACCCGUCUGCUCUGGGGCCGCCCCCUGCCCCUCGUCCUGCUGCAGACCCACCUCCUGCGUGUCCCUCAUCUGCCGCCCCGUGUGCAGGCCCGCCAGCUGCGUGCCCAUCUCCUCCUGCUGUGUCCCCGCUUCCUCCUGCCAGCCCAGCUGCUGCCGCCCCACCUCCUGCAUGUCUGUCAUCUGCCGCCCCCUGUGCUCCCGCCCGGCCUGCUGCGUCCCCACCUCGGCCCAGAAGUCCUGCUGCUGA